AUGGGGAAAGACAUUCUGGAUUACGUGCUGGUGCCGGCGGGGCUUGCGGUGAUGAUCGCCUACCACUUGUGGCUGCUCCGGCAGAUCAUCCGCCGUCCCUCCACCACCGUUCUCGGCGUUAACGCCGUCAACCGCCGCCUGUGGGUUCGCGCCAUGAUGGAGGACACAGCGAAAAACGGUGUACUGGCAGUGCAGACCCUCCGCAACAACAUAAUGGCUUCGACCCUCUUAGCGACCAUGUCCAUCACGCUAAGUUCCGUCAUGGCCGUCCUCAUGUCCGGAGGAGGUGGGCCCCACUUCCCCACCUCCGGGAACAACAACAAGAAGCAUGGUUUCUCCAUUAAGUUCUUCUCCAUACAAGUGUGCUUCCUUUUUGCAUUUCUCAUGCACGUGCAGUCCAUACGUUACUAUAGCCACGCGAGUAUGCUCAUCAAUGUGCCGAGCGACAUCGGGACGGGGAAGGGCGUGGUGGGCCCGGGUUUUGAGGAUCGUGUGACAGUUGAGUAUGUUUGUGGGACCGUGAACCGGGGGAGCUACUUUUGGUCGUUGGGCCUUCGGGCUUUCUACUUCUCGUUCCCAUUGUUCCUUUGGAUAUUCGGGCCGGGCCCAAUGGUGUCGUGCUGCGUCUUAUUGGUUUUCUUGUUGUAUUUUCUCGAUUUCAUUUUGGACUCGCGGUGCGCGUUCUCGUCUGUCCGGGCGCGGGAGGAUGGGCAAAAUAGUAAUUUAGGCGGGGAGGGUAGCGUUUGA